GGUCCUGGAAUGUGCACAGAUGUGCAAGUCUGGCCUUGCAGCCAAAGUGGACAGCACUUUUGUGAAGAAGCCCUUUCACACCAGUCCACCAGGGGGCGACACCAAAGGCCCUGUCAGAACCUUGGAUUCCAUGUCUUUGGAUGAAGCAGGGCCCAAGGGGAAUGAGGAACCCUUAGCCCAUGAAGACAAGCGUUCUUACCCCAUGGAACACUUCCGCUGGGGCAAACCCGGGGGGCGCAAACGCCGGCCAGUCAAGGUCUACUCCAACGGCAUGGAAGAGGACCUGUCUGAGGCCUACCCCACUGACAUGAAGCGCCAGGUGCCCGAGGAGGCUGACUACACCCUGGAGGGGGACCAGGAGCUGGUCAAUCAGAAGAACGACGGCUCCUACGAGAUGAACCACUUCCGCUGGUCUGGCCCUCCUGCCAGCAAACACUACGGCGGCUUCAUGAAGUCCUUGGGGGGGGGACACAACCAAAAAUCCCUCAUGACAUUGUUUAAAAACAUCAUCACUAAAGACAGCCAUUGGUAGACAGAUGAUAGAACACAAUUAGCCGGGAUUGGGGAACCAAUCGUGUCGGGCCAAAGCCACUCUGCCCCCAAACCCAUCUGAUCUCAACAACUUAUCAGCUUGACAGUUUCAGAAUGUGGCGGAAAGGAGAGAUUACAGUCAAAC